UAUCCGUACGACGUCACUGUUACAAGAAAAGAAAACGAAGGCUUUGGUUUCGUCAUAAUUUCUUCUGUCUGUAGAGCCGGUUCCACCAUAGGAAGAAUUAUCGAAAACAGUCCUGCCGAACAAUGCGGAAUGCUUCACGUGGGCGAUCGCAUAUUAGCCGUAAACGGAAUAAGUAUUUUAAACAUGCACCACGGUGAAAUAGUCAAUUUAAUCAAAGAUUCUGGGUAUUCGGUCUGUUUAACAGUUGGACCUCCUCAAGAUGAUACCUCAAGUACGGCUUCAACAUCCCAAAGAGGGGAAGAACAGGCAGGAGAGCAAGACACAGGCCAAUACUUUGCUGUCGAACUCCACAGGAGCACAAGAGGUUUUGGUUUCAGCAUCAGAGGUGGAAAAGAAUUCCAAAAUAUGCCACUCUUUGUAUUAAGGAUAGCAGAAAAUGGUCCCGCUCAUCAUGAUAAUCGCUUGCAGGUUGGUGAUCAGAUAAUAGAAAUUAAUGGUAUUAGUACAAAGAAUAUGACUCAUGCUGAAGCUAUUGAAUUAAUACGCCAAGGUGGAAAUAUGGUUCGUUUAUUGGUUAAAAGAGGCAACAAAAUACCUACAAAUAUGUCUGAUCAAACAAGUCCAGCCACUCCCAUUGUUCCCACUGUACUUAAUCCCGUACUGUCUCCUCUUGCAAACGGGCCCAUUAGCCAGAGUUCGCCUCGAGGCCAACAGAUGUCCUUACAGAAUCAAACACAAGAUAUGUAUAACUGGAAUUACGAAACUCGCUAAAACAUUCCACGUUUCAUUCCAGAGAUCCAUUUGCCAAUUGAAAUUGUACGUUGGCACUUGUUAAAAAUGGAUCCUGCACACAUUCCCGCCGACAAUGAAAAUCAGUACUUCAUUGUGUUGAUUGUUAGUUGCUUCAGACGUAUAUGAAUUUUAUUGACAUGGUUUGUCAUUCAUGUAAUUUGAUAAAUAUGUAUAUGUCUGAUAAAAAAAAAAUCAAUGGAAAUAAUUGUAAAGAUGUAAUAAUUUACAAUAAGUUUUUGAUAGAUUUUUAAUAAAUUCUUAUUGUUUUAAUGUAUAUUAUUGUUAAAAAAAAUUAUGUACAUUGAUAAAAUCGAUUAUACUGUUGUCACAAAUAUAAAAGAACUUAUUUGUUUUAUAACUGUUUGCAAAUGUUGUCGGUACUUACAAAGGCAGCUCAUGCCAAAGCAAUAUAGUAUUUUGGUAGAAUUUUAUGUACAUGUAAUUGUAAUCGUUCUCUCACACGUCAAAUAAGUUUUAUUAUAGUGAAUGAUUCUAUACAUCUUCAUAUUAAAUCAGUGUGUAAGUUAAUAAGAAAAAAGUCAUCCUCAUGCCCACCAAACAGUUGUACAGCUUCAUUCAGUUAUUGCUCUUCUGUCUUUUUUUAGAGAAGUUUUGACGUUUGGAAUGCACUUAGUCGUCGUCUCGAGAACGAUUACGAAUUAAGCGUAAUUUUAUAUUGUUACUACUAACAUAUCUUAGUAUGAUCGUUUUUUUUCUGACUGUACAAAUAGUCGGAUCAAAAUUUGUGCUGUCCUCCAAUAUUUAUACAGUUGAUCAAAAACCAAAAUUAAAGACCUAUAGACUUUCAAUUUCAUCGAGCGAAACAUUCUGCCACGGGUGGCAGUUCAGACAUUCCAAUACAGUGAUUGGAAUAGACUGCUGUGAAGUCAUGCAAUUUGGUGCCUUCAUGCCAACAGUGCUAACUGCAGAGAUAUACAAAAAAAAAA